ACAGAGGAAGAAAAUCAGAAAGGAAAUAAAAGAAAGAAAAAUUAAAUAACAGAGUAAGAAGGAAAAACAAAGCCUGUAAGGUCACCUGGAGAUAGUAGACUUGGAAUGGAGGAUUUUGCAGUAGCUCGGUGACGGAGGCUUUUAGAUACUGCCUUUAAAAAAAUACCAAACCCUUUGUGGGUAGUUGUCGUGUUUUAUUUUUUUUCCCUCUCGCAGAAUCUCUUGCCAGUUUGUCUGUCUUCAGGCGAGCCCAGUAAUUUGGCGAAGUUUGUGUGGAAGCCAGUUGGGUUUUGCGCUGCUCUCCAGGGUCAUUAUUAUGUGGGUGGUUUCUUCGGAGAGGGCAGUUCGCAGCAGUCCUCGGAAAAUAAGGUUCUGGAAAUGUUAAAAAAAAAAAAAAAAAAAAAAAAAAAAAAAAAGGGGGGAACAAAAAAAGAAAAGAGAUAAAAAAAAAAGAUAAUAAGAAUGAAACCAACCCAGAGCGCAGCGCUCUCAUUGUAUUUUUUUUUUCCUUUCCCCUCGUGAAACUCCCAAAUGAAGCUGACGUUGCGAUGCAAUAAACCUCCUUGUAUUUAAUUGCGUUGUGCCGUGUUACCGGGGCUUUACGGCUUUCCCGACCGGAAUACCGGCUUGGGUUUCAGCCCCACGGCGUGUCGGUGCUUUUCCACACCAAGUUAUGUGCAAAUCUCCCUCUCCCCUCCCUGUCUGAUACCCAACCGUUUGCCUUCGCGUACGUUUAGGAGAAUAUUUAUCUGGAGAUGUUCGUCAUUUUAAAUGUGUUUUUCUCAACAUUUCAAGGUGGGGGGUUUGAAACAUAGUACUAAUUGCUACUGUUAUGAGGUGAUUUUUAAAUCAGAUAAUGUACGAGCCUGUGUAUGUGAAGCGGGAUUGAGUAAGAGGAGAUUCAUUACUUAAGCAUAAACCAUUUUAUGACGUGACGAUUUAUCUCACCUAAACUGACUGUGCCCGAAUAUUGUGUGGACAAAAGUAAACGAUCGCAAGCCGUGGAAAUAAUAAACAGAAAGUCAUUUUUAAAAUCUAUUUCUUCCUGAACCUGUUACAUUUUUCAUAAAUCACGGGGGAAAAAAUGAAUGUCGGUUCAAAUGCCUGUUCUCCGUUUUCCCUAAGUCUCUCCGAGCUCGUGUUUUUUUUUUUUUUUUUGUUUUUCCCUCUCCAUAAGAAAAAAAAAGAAAUACAACAAUUUAAGUUAAUUUAGAAACCUUGCUCUAAAACGCUUUUAUGCCGAGUCUUCCACAUCCUACGUGGGCAACCACUUGUGGAAACCACGCACCUCGGUGCGGGCAGGUUUUUUUAACCAUUUCAGCCCGGUUCGGCAUGGGAUAACCGAGAAACCUCCGCUCCCCCGCGGUGGGUCUGUGCGUGGGUGGGGGUGUGUGGUGCGUGUGUGGGGGGGGGUGCGGGAUGGUGUCUCCGCGCUGCUCCCGGCUGCGCUCCCCUCCUGCCACCCUCCGUUGCUUAUUGAUUUCGGAACAUAGGAAACGCAGCGGCCCGAAGCGCGGCAGCCCCCCCCCCCCCCCCACGCCGCGCCGUCCCCCCGGUGCCGCCGCCGCGGGACUCGCCCAUUCCCCGCCGUUUGCUGCCAUCUACCGUCGGCGGCGGCGGCCGGCGGGCUCCCGGGGGGCUCCCGCCGCCGGUGUUCCGCCGGGGGUGGCCCUGCCCCGCCCGCCCUCCCCACUCCCCGGCCGGGGGGGUGCCAGGGAGCGCAGUGUGUCGUGUGUCCCCCCCCCACCCCAGCCGCGCUCCGGGAUGCGCUUCACCCCCGAGGUGCGCUGCUGCGGGUGGCGGCGGGGAGGUGUGCCUUCGGCUAUAAGUGCCUGGAGAUACGUUUAGAGGAUGCACCCGCACAUAGAUGCGCACUCGUGUGAGUUACGAACGUCCCACAUGCUAUACAUUCCCCCCCCACACCCCCGCACCCCCCCCCCCCCCAGCCUGUGAGGGUACGCGUGUACCAUGUGCGUCCACAUCUCUACACGCGUGCACAUGUGAAGGCUCACGCCUGGCCGUACGCGCACCCACGGAGGAUGAAAGGUUUGCUGGUUGGUCGCUGAGCGUGGACACAAGCGGAGAUGUUGUAAAAUGCGAUGCAAUAAUGACGUGCGAGGCGGAGGGGGGUUCAGCUCAUCAUAAAAGGCAGAGGAGCUUUUAUUUAUUUAUUGCUUGGAGUGGUCAUUUCGGUGGGGUCUGGAAAAGAUAUGUCAAGCCGUGUACACAAAGCUGGGGUGGUUGCUGGGGAAGGAGCAGGGAGUAAAGGCAGACGACGAAUCACUUUUAAGUUACUGUAGGCUUUGAAGGGACAAUGCGUGUCUGUUAUUUUAAAAGGUUUCUCUCUCUCUCUCCCUCCCUCUCGCUUUCUCCCUCUCGUUUUCUCCUUCUACCACACAGUUUCCUGGCAACUGUUUACGUGUAGACUAGGGACGUUUUCUUGAAGAAAGUGAGAUGCCCAGGGACUAUGGUAAAAAAAAAAAAAAAAAAGAAAAAAAGAAAAAAGGAGAGGGAAAAAAAAAAAGUUUCUCUCUUUUGACCAGCAACAGCCAUGAUUAACUUGUUCCAUGCUGUAAUUCCCAACACCCCCAGCAUUCGCUUUCCACAUUACAUGAUCCGUCUCGCCUUUUCCUCUCCUUCUCCCUGCUUUUCCAAUAUUAUUUGACCAGCAGUCUCCCCUUUCCCUUCCCAGGGCUUGCUUUCGUGGAAAUACUUCGGUCUGGAUGCAUUUUGACUCCCCCAAUCUCUCUCUCCCCUCCGCUCUCCCCUCCUCCCUCCUCCCUUUUUUUUUUUUUUUUUUUUUUGUUAAUAAUUAGCUGCACUCUUUAAUGGAACAAUGGUAGAUUAUUAUUGCUUCUUUUCAAAGAUCCCAUUAACAAGGUUAUUAUGCACUGCACGGGAAGUCAGGUAAAUUAAACUUAAAUUGCUGGAAAUUAAGUUUCAGGCGGUUAUGCGUGGGGAGAGUGGGUAUUUUUUUACACCUUCAGGGGUCAUUGUUUUAAAUACUUCAACCCUGGAGCUCUACAUGGCUCUGUCGGGGUUUUUUUCCGAUGUGAUUUUGGGUGUGCAUGAGCAUUACAGGGGAGGUUUCUCUGCUGCCAAUGGCUUUCUAUGUCUGACUCCAGGAACAAGGGCUUUUUUCAAGUGUUUUCGUGGUGUUGGCUUGACUUUAUGGCUGCAAUAAGUCCCUCGGUAGGGAAACCCCCGCUGUGUUCUCACUUCAGAAGGAUCGGGAAUUCCAGCUCCACAUGAAAAAAAGAGAGUUUCAUUUUUUAUUGGAACCAACUGCAACUGAACUUUCUCCCAAGUUCUUAGCGGGUUUAGCUUUCACACAAGCAAUGCUCUGUUCUGUUUGCAUUUCGAAAUAUUUGGGUGUUGUUUUAAUCCCCUCAUCUAUCUGCCUGGCUCUGCCUGGUGGGGUUGGCGUUUGCUGGCCAGAAAAGCAAAGCGACAAAAAGUGGGACCUUCCUGGGCAGAGAGCUGGGAUUCUACAUACUGUAAAUACUUCUCUUUAUCUGUAUUUAUACCCUGCCAGCUGAGUGAUGUCUGUCAGGAGGGGGAAGCCGGCUUCCCAGCGCACUGAAAUGUGUUAUUCCACCUUCUGGUGUCUCUCGCAACUUCCCCGCUUUAUUGCCUCCUUCUUAGCAAACCCUGCUCCUGGUUUUUUUUGUUUGUUUGUUUGUUUUGUUUUGUUUUGGUUUUUUUUUGAGGAGAUGAGGCCAAAGACUGAAUUAAGAUGUGCCCGUCGGUGCCCUCAAAGACGGGUCUAACUUAAGGGCUACUGUAUAAACUCGCUCCUGCAGCCGUUAUUGCUCCGUGUCUGCGUCCCUCCCGGCUGGGCUGGCGCUAGAGGCGUCCAAAGAAAAUAUAUUCGCAAAAUCGGUCUCAGAUUUACCUUCGGACUUUAGCAGGGAAGGCAGGAGAGCAUCUGUUCAACAGCUACACUAAGAACCCAACAUUUUAAUUAUUUGAAAUGUCACUGUAUAUAUAUAUUUUUAAAAAUCUUUAAGCUGGGAAUAGAAACCAUCUCUGUGCUAAGCAUGCAAUUCUCUGAGAUUUAGUGCAGUUUAAGACCUCUUCUCGUAUUUACAUGUAUUAUAGGUGGCAAAUCAAUUAGACCUCGGGCCUGACCCACAGAAAGAUAAAAACUGACAGGCGCUGUUUCUUUUUCACGUUAGGAAACAAGUUUUCUUCUUUUCUUUACCAUCCCCAAAUAGCCAUCUACAGCGUCAGCCUCCUUCUACGAGGCAAGACGUAUUAUUUUUAAUCUAUAGCGCGUCUAAGAUGCCAGCAAUAAGCAAUUAGCAAGCGGCCAGCUUCAAUUAGUGCAUUUUUAUUUUCUUGCAAAAUGACGACAGUCAAACUACGCAAAAAGCCUGUUGUAGCCACAGGGUACUAGGAUGAGCAGUAUUUUGCUACGGUAAAUUUUGGGGGAGGGGGGAUUUUUUUUCCCCAACUAUUUCGAGGGAUUUAUUUGCAGAGCAAUUAGGAGAAGUGAGAGAAAAUAUUAGAGCCAACAUUUUCAGCAGAUGUACUCACGCAUUGAAUUAUCAGGACAUCACACGUUUUAGCCCAAAAUUUACAUGCGGAUCUGAUCAUGCCAGAUAAUCGCUGGUUUUGCAGAGCUACAAAUAUUGCGUAACUCUCUAAUCAAAUGUAUGAGCUGUUCGGCUCCUGCAAAGCAGUUAACUUCAGGCUCUCGUCCGAGCUUUUUUUUUUUUUUUUUUUUUUUCCUUCUUUAGUCAUCGUUCCCUUUCAAUCUCACUUUUUUUUUUUUCUUGCAUACCAAUAAAGCAGAUCUACGUAAGUUUGGGUCCAUUCCAUACACAAAGGGAAACUCUGCAAGAACAAAUAUAAGAGAUAUCAGUCAGAGAGGGGGUGGAGGAUGAAAACUACUUCCUUUGCAUGUUAUUUCCUUGAAUUAUAAGGAUUACGUUUCAGUCGAAAUGUUCAUUGCAGCCGUGGCAUGAAACAAUCUUGGCUUUGCUGCUGUAAACAUGAUGUUUAAAAUAAAUUAGCUCGUAAUAAGAUACCAGUUUCGGAGAUACUUAAAGCUUCGACAGAGCGCGCCGCGUUGGCAGCUCUACAGACACCAUGUAAUAUAUGUAAUUCUAGAUUUGUAGCACACACAUUCACAGAUUCAAGUACAGGGGAGUGUCGUUUCAUUGCAUAUAAGACCCGACAGACAGAUGGCUACAAAUUCGGACAGGAAACAAAUCCUUGAUAAAACGCGACUGAUCGGGGGGACAGUCCUGGGGUUAAUUUAGGUUGGUUGGUUUUGAUUUUUUUUUUUUUCUCUUCCCCUGUGAGAUGGCUCUGAUUUUCCCAUUUGAAAAAAGGGAAGGCGGCAGUCAGAGAUCCAAGCCUACCUUGAGCAAACAGGGAUCUGAAGGAGGGAUGCAGGUAGAGCAGAGCAUAUCUCUGGAAAAACAGAGAGGCAAACCCCAGAGCAAAGUGCAGCUUCUAGGGUGACCGGCAAUUGCUCGAGACUUUCGGAAUUCUCCCUUCCAGCCUUUUAUGUCUGCAAAAAUAGGUAUUUUGCAGUGGGGACGGGCUCAAAGGGGGGAGAUGCAAACCCGCGGGGUCUCUGUGCACCUCCAAGGCAGCAGCCCCAUCAUACCGCCAGCUUUCCUCUCGUUGAAAAAAAACCAUCUCGAUCGGUAACAAUCAAUAAACUCAGCUUUUGACCAUAACCCAAGGCUUCCUUUUAGCCAUAAAAGGUCGGGCAUAGAUUUGGUAUUAACAAAAAAACGCAAGAGGGCACAAUGCGGUACCGGACUCUGGAGGAGAUCGGGAUUUUGCAAGGGAUAAAGGAAAUACUUCGAUUUUCCAUUUAUCUCCUGAAUACAGAGCUUUUGCAGUAAAAGAAAGGAAAAAGAUGCAAUUUGUGAAAAGCGAAGGUUUGGUUCAAGCGACCGCAGCUUUCCUGAACAGGGAGUGCAAAUCUAUGGUAAUUAGACAAACAUGAACUGAAAUAAGUUGUCAAAACCGAUUUCUUCUCCUAUAGCAAAUCUAAGUCAAUCAACCCGGUGGGAUCUCCUCCUUGCAAACUUCACACAUACACACAGAGCAAACUUUUUUCUUUUUUUUGUUUGUUUUGUUUUGUUUUCUUAACUGUAGCAAAGUACCCAGACAUUUCAGGACUAUUUGCAAACAUUAGGGGUUAAAGUUUUCCGAAUGCGAAUCAUUAACUUUCUUCCCCCCCCCCCCCCCCCCCUCUUACAGCGGGUACUUGUAUACAUUAUAUGUGUGUAAAUAUAUAUAGGCGCGCACACCGCCAUCCGUGCAGACGGGCUCUCGCCACCCCCGCGCUGAGCUCCGGGGGAGGGGGGGGGACACACACGUUUAUUUAUUUAUGAAGCUCCGAGCGCGCCGGGAAUGUUUCUUUCGGCAGAUAUUAUAUAUUUGGUUAAGGGGGUGCAUUUCUGUUGUUUAAAAGGGAGGGAAAAAGGGGUGGAUGGUUUGUUCUUGGGGUCCCUGGUGCAAUCUCAGCUCCUCAUGGGUGCUAUUUUGCAACCUCAGGCGCCUGCUAUUGGUCAGCCCCUGAUCAGAUGGUUGUAUUUCCUUGUGUCCCUCGCUGGCACCACGCCAUCUCCCUUCAGCUAAAACCCAAUCUCCGAUAUACUACUAAUAGCUAAACCACUUGGACUAUAAAACACAACAAAUCAUAAAGCCGGGAAAGGACGGCAGGCUCCUUCCAAUGAGUUCCUAUUUUGUCAACUCGACCUUCCCGGUGAGUCUGGCGGCGGGGCAGGAGCCCUUCCUGGGACAGAUCCCGCUAUAUCCCUCGGGCUAUGCGGAUCCUUUGAGGCACUACCCCACCACCUAUGGAGCCACGGGCGUCCAGGAGAAGGGCUAUACCUCCUCUCCUUACUACCAGCAAAGCAACGGAGCCUACAGCCGCAGCUCCGCCUGUGACUAUGGGGCCGGCGGGUUUUUCAGGGAGAAGGACCCUCCGUGCGCCCCCCCCAACCUGGACGAGGUGCCCUUCGCCCCCGAGCCGCGCAAGUCGGACUGCGCGCAGAGCAAAACUGUGUUCGGAGAGAGCGAGGAGCAAAAAUGUUCCGCCCCGGUUUACCCCUGGAUGCAGCGGAUGAACUCUUGCAAUAGUUCCUCCUUUGGGCCCAGCGGCCGCCGAGGCCGCCAAACCUACACCCGCUACCAGACGCUGGAGCUGGAGAAGGAAUUUCACUUCAACCGCUACCUGACCCGGCGCCGGCGGAUCGAGAUCGCCCAUUCCCUCUGCCUGACGGAGCGGCAGAUCAAAAUCUGGUUCCAGAACCGCAGGAUGAAGUGGAAAAAAGAGAAUAAAUUGCUCAACUCCUCGCAACUCAGCGCGGAAGAGGAGGAGGAGAAAACGGCGGAGUGAAAGUAUUAUUUAAAACACACAAAAACAAAA